AUGUCGCAAGACAACACCAAGGGCGACGAAGUGACAGACACUCCGCCGACCUACAAGGAGCAACUGGACGAAGCUGCCAUCAAGGUCAAAGACCCUCAGAGCGGGGCCAACGAAGGAGGAGUCAUUGGUCAAGUCGUGGAAAAAGUGUCCCAAUAUGUUCCAGCCGUCGGGAAGGUUCUAGGUACGGAUCAGAAGGACGAGUCCUCGAGGGAGGAGACAAAGGUUCCGGGGCCCCCAGAGCGACCGCAUCAUGACACUCAGAUUGAGGAGUUCAUCAAGGACCAGCACCGCAGCAAAACAGAUGAUGGGACACUCACCUAA